CGGGUGUACAGUGCGGACCGACAGAAAAGUGUGAUGUGUGUCGAAUAAAAGUGACGAAAUUUAAGUGAUGUGCACAAACAUUAUGAUAGAGGAUUAAUUUUUGUUUCAAAUAAGAUAAAAGGCUUUCAUGAGUGGCCAUUAUGGUUAUAGUGACUCGGGGUGACUACAUCUGGAUCGAACCGACGCCCGGCAAUGAGUUCGACGUGGCGAUCGGCGCCAGGGUGGUGUCAGCAGAAGGUCGCAGAAUCGCGGUGCGCGAUGACGACGGCCAGGAGCACUGGCUGCCGCCGGAGCGUCGCAUCAAAGCGAUGCACGCCACCUCGAUCCACGGCGUCGAGGACAUGAUCGGCCUGGGCGACCUGCACGAGGCCGGUAUUCUCAGGAAUCUCCUUAUCAGAUACAACGAGAACCUGAUAUAUACCUAUACAGGAUCCAUCUUGGUGGCAGUAAACCCGUACCAAAUCCUUCCAAUUUAUACUGCCGAACAAAUAAAACUGUACAAAGAAAGGAAAAUUGGCGAGCUACCUCCACACAUAUUCGCCAUUGGAGACAAUACUUACGGCAACAUGAGAAGAUAUGGACAGGAUCAAUGUAUAGUCAUAUCAGGAGAGUCAGGCGCAGGAAAGACUGAGAGUACAAAAUUAAUCCUGCAAUACCUGGCGGCGAUUAGUGGCAAGCACUCUUGGAUAGAACAGCAAAUAUUGGAAGCAAAUCCGAUUUUGGAGGCGUUUGGAAAUGCCAAAACAGUGAGGAACGAUAACAGCUCCCGUUUCGGCAAAUACAUCGACAUUCAUUUCAAUUCGAGCGGCGUUAUAGAGGGUGCCAAAAUCGAACAGUAUUUAUUAGAAAAAAGCAGGAUAGUCUCGCAAAAUCCCGAUGAAAGGAAUUAUCACGUUUUCUAUUGUUUAUUGGCUGGGUUAGGAAAGGACGACAAGAAGAAGUUGGAGCUGGGUGAUGCCAGUCAAUACAGAUAUCUCACAGGGGGAGGAAGUAUAACAUGCGAGGGUAGAGACGACGCAGCAGAAUUUGCUGACAUUCGCAGUGCCAUGAAAGUGCUUUUGUUUUCCGAUCAAGAGAUCUGGGACAUAAUGAAGCUCCUUGCCGCUCUUUUGCACAUCGGCAACAUUAAAUACAAAGCCACUGUGGUGGACAACUUGGACGCCACGGAAAUACCGGAUCCUACAAACGUUCACAGGGUGGCCAACCUGCUGGGAGUACCACCACAGCCGCUUAUAAAUGCUCUUACUAGGAAAACCCUUUUUGCUCAUGGCGAAACAGUAGUUUCUACUUUGUCAAGGGAGCAGAGCGUGGAUGUGAGGGAUGCUUUCGUUAAAGGAAUAUAUGGAAGGUUAUUUGUUUUAAUAGUUAAGAAGAUAAAUGCGGCCAUCUAUAGACCCAAAGAACGACAGAGAAGCUCUAUUGGUGUUCUGGAUAUAUUUGGUUUUGAAAACUUUAACCAUAACAGCUUCGAGCAGUUUUGUAUUAACUUCGCUAACGAGAAUUUGCAGCAAUUUUUUGUGAGGCAUAUUUUUAAAUUGGAACAGGAGGAGUAUAACGUUGAGGGCAUUAAUUGGCAACACAUUGAAUUCGUUGAUAACCAAGACGCAUUGGAUUUGAUCGCCAUUAAACAAUUAAACAUAAUGGCCUUGAUAGAUGAGGAAAGUAAAUUCCCAAAGGGCACGGAUCAGACAAUGUUAGCAAAAAUACAUAAAACUCACGGAAGUCAUAGAAAUUACUUAAAACCGAAAUCGGACAUAAACACUAGCUUUGGUUUAAAUCACUUUGCUGGUGUAGUUUUCUAUGAUACCAGGGGAUUCCUGGAAAAAAAUCGCGAUACAUUUAGCGCCGAUUUAUUGCAAUUGGUUACAAUAAGCACAAAUAAAUUCCUGCAACAAAUAUUCGCGGAAGAUAUAGGCAUGGGAUCUGAAACACGCAAAAGAGCGCCAACGUUGUCUACCCAAUUCAAAAAGAGCUUGGACUCUCUUAUGAGAACCCUAUCGAAUUGUCAACCGUUCUUCAUUCGUUGCAUUAAACCGAACGAAUAUAAAAAGCCGACGCUAUUUGAUAGAAAUUUGUGCUGCAGACAACUGAGAUACUCAGGGAUGAUGGAAACUAUUAGAAUACGUAGAGCAGGGUACCCUAUCCGACACACUUUCGCUGAGUUCGUGGAAAGAUAUCGAUUCCUGAUCCACGGAGUUCCGCCUGCUCACAAAACCGACUGCCGAGCAGCCACGUCCAAAAUAUGUUCCGUAGUUUUAGGUAGAUCUGAUUAUCAGCUAGGCCAUACUAAAGUGUUCCUUAAAGAUGCGCACGAUUUGUUCCUGGAGCAGGAGAGGGACCGCGUGCUUACUAAGAAAAUACUCAUUUUGCAAAGAUCAAUCAGAGGAUGGGUAUAUCGAAGACGUUUUCUCCGGUUGAAGGCUGCAACGAUGAUAGUACAAAAGUACUGGAAAGGUUACAUUCAAAGGCAAAAGUAUAAGAGAAUGCGUGUGGGCUACAUGAGACUGCAGGCUCUUAUACGCGCCAGGGUGCUUUCUCAUCGAUUUAGACAUUUAAGAGGGCACAUCGUGGGGCUACAAGCCCAUGCCAGAGGUUAUUUGGUGAGAAGAGAGUACGGGCACAAAAUGUGGGCUAUUAUUAAGAUACAAUCUCACGUAAGACGCAUGAUAGCACAGAGAAGAUACAAGAAAAAUAAGGUAGAACAUAGAAAACAUUUGGAAGCGCUUAAAUUGAGAAAAAAGGAAGAGAGGGAGCUUAAAGAUGCCGGGAAUAAGAGAGCGAAAGAAAUUGCAGAGCAGAACUACAGAGAUAGAAUGUAUGAAUUGGAACGAAAGGAAAUGGAGAUAGAAAUUGAAGAAAGAAGGCGAGUGGAAAUUAAGAAAAAUAUUAUUAACGAUGCUGCUAGAAAAGCUGAAGAACCAGUUGAUGAUUCUAAGCUUGUUGAAGCAAUGUUUGAUUUUCUUCCAGAUAGUUCAAGUGAAGCACCUAUGCCAGGUCGUGAAACAUCAGUUUUCAACGAUUUACCCACACAAACAUCCGAUUCAGAAAUAAUAAGUCCAAUGCACACUGUAUCCGAAGAUGAGGAAGAUUUGAGCGAAUUUAAGUUCCAGAAAUUUGCAGCAACGUAUUUUCAGGGAAAUGUCGGUCAUCAGUACUCCAGAAAAGCUCUAAAACACCCUUUACUUCCACUGCAAACCCAAGGAGAUCAGUUGGCUGCUCAAGCUUUAUGGGUAACAAUUUUAAGAUUUACUGGAGAUCUACCGGAACCUAGAUACCACACUAUGGACAGGGAUAACACAUCGGUAAUGUCCAAAGUAACAGCAACGUUAGGAAGAAAUUUCAUUAGAAGUAAAGAGUUCCAAGAAGCUCAACUGAUGGGUUUGGAUCCUGAAUCAUUCUUAAAACAGAAACCUAGAUCCAUAAGAAACAAAUUAGUCUCUUUAACACUAAAAAGAAAAAAUAAACUUGGCGAAGACGUACGUAGAAAAUUACAGGACGAAGAAUACACUGCCGAUAGCUAUCAGUCGUGGUUGGAAUCAAGACCCACCUCGAAUUUGGAAAAACUUCAUUUCAUCAUCGGUCAUGGAAUUUUGAGAGCGGAGCUUAGAGACGAAAUUUAUUGUCAAAUAUGCAAACAGCUAAGCAACAAUCCAUCCAAGUCAUCACACGCAAGAGGGUGGAUACUAUUGUCACUCUGCGUUGGUUGUUUCGCACCAUCUGAAAGAUUCGUAAGCUACUUGAGGGCAUUUAUAAGAGAAGGACCACCAGGAUACGCACCAUACUGCGAAGAUCGCCUAAAAAGAACGUUCAACAACGGCACGAGAAACCAGCCUCCCAGCUGGCUGGAACUGCAAGCAACCAAGUCUAAGAAGCCUAUAAUGUUACCGAUAACAUUCAUGGACGGUAACACUAAAACAUUGCUGGCGGACUCGGCUACCACCGCUAGGGAACUGUGCAAUCAACUGUCGGAUAAGAUUGGAUUAAAAGAUCAAUUCGGAUUUUCACUUUAUAUAGCGUUGUUCGAUAAGGUUUCGUCUUUAGGAAGCGGAGGCGAUCACGUGAUGGAUGCGAUAUCUCAGUGCGAGCAGUACGCUAAAGAACAAGGCGCACAGGAGAGAAACGCUCCGUGGAGACUGUUCUUCAGAAAGGAAAUAUUUGCUCCGUGGCAUGAACCCACUGAAGACCAAGUGGCAACCAACCUUAUCUAUCAACAAGUGGUCAGAGGCGUAAAAUUUGGAGAGUAUAGAUGUGACAAGGAAGAAGAUCUAGCGAUGAUAGCAGCGCAACAAUACUUUAUCGAAUAUAAUUCGGAUAUGAACGUGGAGAGGCUUUUAACUUUACUUCCAAAUUAUAUUCCGGAUUAUUGUCUAACGGGCGUGGAUAAGGCGGUUGAUCGCUGGGCAGCGUUGGUCGUGCAAGCAUUUAAAAAGAGUUAUUAUGUCAAAGAGAAAAUAUCGACCCUUAGAGUUAAAGAGGACGUUGUUAGUUACGCUAAAUUUAAAUGGCCGCUACUAUUUUCUAGAUUCUACGAAGCUUAUAGAAACUCAGGACCGAAUCUGCCCAAGAACGAUGUUAUCAUUGCUGUAAACUGGACUGGAGUUUACGUAGUCGACGAUCAAGAGCAAGUUUUAUUGGAAUUAUCUUUCCCUGAAAUAACCACGGUCUCCAGUCAAAAGACAAAUAAAGUUUUUACGCAGACGUUUAGUUUGAGUACGGUACGUGGUGAAGAAUUCACUUUCCAAAGUCCAAACGCAGAAGACAUAAGAGACCUUGUGGUUUACUUCUUGGAAGGACUCAAAAAGAGGUCAAAGUUUGUUAUAGCUUUACAAGACUAUAAAGCUCCUGGGGAGGGCUCUAGUUUCCUGACGUUCCUAAAAGGAGAUCUGAUUAUUUUAGAGGAGGACAGUACGGGUGAGACAGUUUUAAAUUCGGGAUGGUGCGUUGGAAGAUGUGAGAGAACCACGGAAAAGGGGGACUUUCCUGCCGAGACGGUUUAUGUCUUGCCCUGUAUGUCUAAACCACCGGCCGAUAUAUUACAGCUAUUUUCCGUUGAAGGUGCCGAACAUGGACGACGCCUGAGUCAACAAUACUCUGUGAACGGAACCGAAUCCAGGGAUCGUCCGUACACCCUGGCGGAAUACUCAAUCGAUCACUUUCGUCCGCCGUUAAAACGCACCAUGUCAAAAGCCUUGACGCUAUCUGGAGGACGCCGAGGAGGCGACGAUCUAUGGAGGCACUCCCGCGAUCCCAUUAAGCAGCCCUUGCUUAAGAAGCUACUGGCCAAGGAGGAACUCGCUGAAGAGGCUUGUUUCGCUUUUAGCGCUAUUUUAAAAUACAUGGGAGAUUUGCCUUCGAAGAGGCCAAGGUUAGGGAACGAGUAUACUGACCAUAUAUUCGACGGUCCCUUAAAACAUGAGAUUCUAAGAGACGAAAUUUAUUGUCAAAUCAUGAAGCAAUUGACGGAUAACCGCAACAGAUUAUCGGAAGAACGUGGCUGGGAGUUGAUGUGGUUAGCAACUGGGUUAUUUACGUGUUCGCAGAGUCUCUUAAAAGAACUUACCACCUUCUUGCGAAGCAGGAGGCAUCCAAUAUCGCAGGAUUCUCUGCAAAGGCUGCAAAAAACUCUACGAAAUGGGCAGAGAAAAUAUCCACCUCACCAAGUGGAAGUAGAGGCUAUACAACACAAGACAACGCAGAUUUUCCACAAGGUGUAUUUUCCAGAUGACACAGAUGAGGCCUUUGAAGUUGAUUCCAGCACCAGAGCGAAAGAUUUUUGCCAGAACAUUAGUCAAAGACUGAGCCUAAGGUCUAGUGAAGGCUUCAGCCUAUUUGUUAAGAUUGCGGAUAAAGUAAUUUCUGUGCCAGAAGGAGAUUUCUUUUUUGAUUUUGUAAGGCAUCUGACAGACUGGAUAAGAAAAGCACGACCAACUAGAGAAGGGAUCACUCCCCAGUUUUCUUAUCAAGUAUUUUUCAUGAAGAAGCUCUGGACGAACACCGUGCCAGGCAAGGAUAAAAAUGCUGAUUUAAUCUUCCAUUUCCAUCAAGAACUUCCCAAAUUAAUCAGAGGCUACCACAAAUGCACGAAAGAGGAAGCUUCCAAAUUAGCUGCUCUAGUCUACCGUGUGAGAUUCGGCGAGAGCAAACAAGAACUCCAAGCAAUACCUCAAAUGCUUCGAGAACUUAUCCCAGCAGACCUGGUCAAAAUCCAGAGCGCGAACGAUUGGAAACGUGGAAUCGUGGCUGCCUACAAUCAAGACGCCGGAAUGAGUCCGGAGGACGCUAAGAUCACCUUUUUGAAAGUGGUAUACCGCUGGCCUACGUUCGGUUCGGCUUUCUUCGAGGUAAAGCAAACGACGGACCCGAACUAUCCCGAAAUGCUUCUAAUCGCAAUUAACAAACACGGCGUUAGCUUGAUACAUCCUCAAUCAAAGGAAAUUUUAGUCACUCAUCCCUUUACCAGAAUAUCAAACUGGUCUUCAGGCAAUACAUAUUUCCAUAUGACAAUUGGAAACCUGGUGAGAGGUUCAAAGCUUCUGUGUGAAACCUCUCUAGGCUACAAAAUGGACGACCUACUCACCUCCUACAUUUCGCUGAUGUUAACAAACAUGAAUAAGCAAAGAAGUAUAAGGAUUAAAUAAAGUUAAACUUUUAAUGUAUAAAUCAUGUUUUACUAUUGAUAUUUUAUUAGAGUUGUUGAAUCUGAAUAUUGCCCGUGCUUCCAAUUUUAUAGAAAAUGUUAAAUAUUAUAUUCUACAAAUUUAUGGAUCUAAAGUAAUGAAUAUCAUUUAAAUAAUAUUUUUACAUGUAUUAAGGUAUGAGUAUAUUUAUAGGUACUAUUUAUAUUUUUGUGUAAAUAAUUUACAUCACAU